GAGGUGGGGAAAGUCUCUUGUGUGUCACUGCCAUGUCCUGAGAAAGGACCCCCUCUCUAGCCCCCUCCUCUCUGCCUGGUGGCAGCAGCGGGGUGGGGGCGUAUGCGCGUCACUACUGGGAUGUGCACUGCACCGGCGUAAUGCAGGAGAGGAAGGCAGGAAAAGCUGCUGGAGUUGUGAGAGAGAGAGGGGGAGCCAGCAGGCUGGGUACAGGGAGGCAUUCCUCGAGCAGCUCAUUCCCUGCCAUAUGGUCUCACAAGGAGAGAUGAGUACAAGCUGAUUCAACGGAUUCUUCUACAGUCUGGAUCAGGGACAAUGAUUCCAGUAACUGAAUUCCGUCAGUUCUCAGAACAGCAGCCGGCAUUCCGAGUGCUGAAGCCUUGGUGGGAUGUGUUCACGGACUAUCUCUCUGUAGCCAUGCUCAUGAUAGGGGUGUUUGGCUGUACACUGCAGGUCAUGCAGGACAAGAUCAUCUGUCUGCCAAAAAGAAUAUAUCCAGUUCAAAACUCUUCCAACUAUAAUGCUUCAAGCACUGUGGUCACUAAUGUGCCGGUUCCAGCUCCCAAACCAACAGCUCCUUCUGGGACUGUAGAAAUGAAAGGAUUAAAGACAGACUUGGAUCUUCAACAAUACAGUUUCAUCAACCAAAUGUGUUACGAGCGUGCUCUUCAUUGGUACGCAAAGUAUUUCCCUUACCUGGUUCUCAUUCACACUUUAAUUUUCAUGGUUUGUAGUAACUUUUGGUUUAAAUUUCCCGGAUCAAGCUCAAAAAUUGAGCACUUUAUCUCCAUAUUAGGGAAGUGUUUUGAGUCACCAUGGACAACCCGAGCUUUGUCUGAAGUCUCCGGGGAGGAACCAGAGGAAAAGGACAACCGUAAAAACAAUCUAAGCAAGUCCAUUGCCAGUCCAACCACCGUGGAGACCCCUCUUGUGAAAACUCAAUCAUUAAAGUCCAUACCUGAGAAAUUUGUGGUUGAUAAGGCUACUGCUGGAGCCCUGGAUAAGAAGGAAGGGGAACAAGCCAAGGCCUUGUUUGAGAAAGUUAAGAAAUUCCGUCUCCAUGUUGAGGAAGGUGAUUUGCUUUACGCCAUGUACGUACGCCAAACCAUCUUGAAAGUUCUUAAAUUCCUCAUUAUUAUCUGCUACAAUAGUGCACUUGUUUCAAAAGUACAGUUUACCGUGGAUUGCAAUGUUGACAUACAAGAUAUGACUGGAUAUAAAAACUUUUCCUGUAAUCAUACAAUAGCACACUUGUUUUCUAAGCUGUCCUUUUGUUACUUGUGCUUUGUUGGUGUCUAUGGAUUUACUUGCCUGUAUACACUGUACUGGCUGUUCUACCGGUCCUUAAAGGAGUAUUCUUUUGAAUAUGUUCGACAGGAGACGGGUAUUGAUGAUAUCCCAGAUGUUAAGAAUGACUUUGCCUUCAUGUUUCACAUGAUUGAUCAGUAUGACCCACUAUACUCCAAAAGAUUUGCUGUUUUUCUCUCGGAAGUCAGUGAAAACAGAUUGAAGCAACUAAACUUAAAUAAUGAAUGGACAGCUGAUAAGUUGAGGCAAAGGCUACAAACAAAUGCCUACAACCGAUUGGAGAUGCAAUUAUUUAUGCUCUCCGGCCUUCCAGACACUGUAUUUGAGAUUACAGAGCUGCAGUCUUUAAAGCUAGAAAUUAUUAAUAAUGUAAUGAUACCAGCAACAAUUGCUCAGCUUGAUAAUCUUCAAGAAUUGUCCUUAUAUCAGUGUUCCGUAAAAAUUCACACAGCAGCCUUAGCUUUUCUAAAAGAAAAUCUAAAGAUCUUGAGAGUGAAGUUUGAUGACGUCCGAGAACUUCCACCAUGGAUGUACAGCCUGAGGAACCUGGAGGAGCUAUACUUGAUUGGCUCUUUAAGCCCUGAUGUAUCCAAAAACAUCAACCUCGAAUCUUUCCGUGAGCUCAAGAGUCUCAAGAUACUAUUCAUCAAGAGUAAUUUAUCCAAAAUUCCUCAAGGGGCUGUUGAUGUUUCUGGCCAUCUGCAGAAGAUGUGUAUCCAAAACGAUGGCACAAAGCUGGUGAUGCUGAACAAUCUAAAGAAAAUGGUCAACUUGACCGAGCUGGAGCUAAUACACUGUGACUUAGAGCGCAUACCUCAUGCGAUUUUCAGUCUUCUAGUUCUCCAAGAACUGGAUCUGAAGGAAAAUAGUCUCAAAUCCAUCGAAGAAAUACUUAGUUUUCAACAUCUGCGCAAACUCACCAUCUUAAAGCUGUGGUACAACAGCAUUACUUAUAUUCCAGAACACAUUAAAAAACUCUCAAGCUUGGAAAGGCUUUACUUCAACCAUAACAAGAUAGAGGUGCUGCCUUCUCACUUGUUUUUAUGCCACAAACUCCGAUACUUAGACUUAUCUUAUAAUGAUAUUAGAUUCAUUCCCCCUGAGAUUGGGGUCCUCCAAAGUUUACAGUAUUUUUCAAUUUCUUGCAACAAAGUGGAAAGUGUGCCAGAUGAACUGUACUUCUGCAAGAAACUGAAAACCUUAAAAAUUGGGAGAAAUAACUUGUGCUCUCUUUCUCCAAAAAUUGGCAACUUAGUGUUCCUAUCAUAUCUGGAUAUUAAGGGUAAUCACUUUGAAACUUUACCGCCAGAACUUGGAGAUUGUAGGGCCCUGAAAAAAAUUGGACUUCUUGUAGAAGACACUUUGUUUGAAACACUUCCCUCUGAUAUUAGAGAACACAUGAAAUCAGAAUAAAACAUGUAUGCUUACUGUCAGCAUCUACUGCUGUAAUAACCUUUGGGAAAUGUAUAAUGAUGUCAUUGUAGUGGGCUUUCUACAUUAUUACUGGACCCAAAACUGCAAUGAUGUUUUCUUUUAAAUGUGCUACUCAUUCUGGGCAUUUUGGGCCUGAUUUAGAGUUCUACGCAAAACUAACAGUCGGGAGUUGUGCACUGGUAGUCUGUGCAUGCGUUUAAUUCACUUGUGCAUGUGCUGCAAUGGUCUUGCGAUGGUAAUCGCUAAAAAGAUUUAUUUGCAAAGUGAUUGACAGGGACUGUUUGGAGAAGGUAACGAGGAGUAGUAGCAGAAACAGACAUACAGGCAUAUCACAACUGUUUUGGGUUCAUAUUACUGCUUGCCACUGCGAUCCCGCACACAGUAGAAUAUUACUUCCUGUGGCCCUAGGACUACUCUGAUGGUCGAUGUUUACCUGAUGUGCAUCUUUGUACACAAGUGGUGGAUCAGAGAGGCAGAUUAUGGGCGUCUUUGUACAACUGCAGGCGGCUGCGACAUUAGCAUAUCUUCAUAUAACAGCUGCGUCCAAAUUCGCAGCUGUUAAUGCAUUCGCAUACAUCUCUGAAUCAGGCCCCGUGUUAGUGCACAUGUCGGGUGCUGUUCUUCAGCACUUUAUCAGGCUGAGUAAGGUUAUUGACUAUAAAACAAUAUGGUAUUUUUAAAACAAUCUAUUGCAGGGCAAUAUAUGUUUUUGGGAUCUCAAUAGACUUUCAUUGGGGCUUUUAAAUGCUCAGGUACUGUCUGUAGUUCUGAGAAACAUUUCUAUUUUGGUAAAAAAGAAAAAUAAUUAUAUCUUGCUGUACAAUUAUACUUGUGUUUAUUGUGAUACUGUUACGGGGACCAAGAUAUCAUAUGUGCAUUACGUAUAUGUGUUUUAUAUAACUGAAUGAACUUCAGUGACUAGUCCUUUAAGAAUGUUAAUUUGUGCCUUAUUUUGCCUUUACUGAUGCAGUACAUGGGUGUUUUUAACUGCUUGAUACUAGACCCACCCACACUGUAAAAAUGAUUUGGACUAUGAAUAAGCUGGUUGCCACUUCCCAGUACUAAUGAUUCAUGGUUCUAAAAGUCAGUCCUUUGUUUUUGUAUUAUAUUUUCAUAUUGGCCAGUUUUAAUGUAAUUACACAUAGCGUGUAUACGUUUCUAGUAACAUUACCCUUCUCUCUAAGGGUUCUUAUAAUAUAAAAAAAAUGUGGUAGAAAAAAUCCAUUAUGCCGGGUUGCACUGAACAAGUAAAACAAACACAAGGGCAGACUUAUCAUUGAGUGAUAUUCUUGUUAUGAAUGAUAGUGAUAAUGAUGUUGUGUUUGAAAAACAUCAGGAGCUGAUUGGCUGGAGCACCGUUUAACAUUCGUAACAAGCAGGGGCGCCAGAAUGAUUUCACACAGGGGGGGGGGGGGCAAGUUUGAAUUUCAUUUUUGCGCCUCUCCUUCAACCCCCCUCCUCCCCCUCCCGUGGUGCCGGUCUCCUCUCCUUCAAACCCCCCCCUUCAUCGGUGCAGGGGAGCGCUUACCUCUGUAUCCCCGUGGGCGGCUUUUAAAGUAGUGUGCUGCCGCAGGCAGGGUGCAGUGCCUCUUCUGUACUGGCCGGCUGUCUCUUCUUUGGUGAUGCAUUACUGGGAGGAGGCGUCGCAUUCCGGGACCACAGCCACGC